AUGUACGACAAAGAGGCGCCUCAAAUACAAAUUUCUCUUCAAAUCCAAAUGGUUGCACUGCAAUGGCUGGUGGCAAACGAGGAAGCAUUUUCACCAACAUACAUCGACAAAAAUGUUUUGGAACGACUUAUUCGAACUAGCGCCAGAAGGGUCGAUAUUUCUGCUCUGAUGGCGAUGUCUAACAGUGCGGUGAACGUGCCAAAAGUUGCAAAACUCUACACGAAAGACGAGAUGAGCGAUCGUUUCAUACUGAUUCUGGAGGGCCGCGUCCAGGUGACGAUUGGCCAAAGUGGCAUGAUGUUCGAAGCCGGUCCAUGGCACUGUUUCGGCAGAUACAACGGAUCUGUCAUGUCGUCGCCCAGAUCUGAUGUUCAAACCAGAUUAUUCUGUGGUCAUCAAGAGGAUUGUACAUACUUGGAUGUGAAUGUCGCCGCCUAUAUAAAUGCUUUCAAAUCAACGUUAAUGCAACGGGAGAAAGGCCGCGAUGAUGUAUCUUAUGACGGCCACUGUUCCUCGCGAUCACCAUCACCAACACGGCGGAAAGACACAUUACCAACACGGAAAGAGGCCUUUGUUUCGGAGAAGUAG